CUCGCGGACGCAUAAAGCAGCGCGAGCUCUGGCUGUUAGAAAGGAUCUGAAAAACUUCUUUGCACGCGCACGGCAGAUGGGAAGCGUACUGCUACAACAACAACAACUUGCAGCUCGGUUAUGCAGAAAGCGCUGAAACACACACAGACACUUACACACACUUUAACCGACUUUUGACGCGAACAUGAACGGAGAACGGACACGGCGCGAGCCGGAGUGUGUGUCCGCACAAUAAGUUUAUUUCUUACAAGCUCCCGUGUGCGAACUUCAAAAAAACAUCAUAAAUAACACGGAUAAUAACUUCUCAGGACUAACCACCGUAAAAGAAAGUGGACUUUAGUUUUUUUUUCCAUUCCAUCUUUAUUAAAGUUUGGUGAAAUCUGACGGGUGAAAUUUUACUGUCACGAGCGCCGAGAUGGUGCAGAAAACAAGCGGUGCGGAGAGUUUGGAUUCCGGCGCAAUGGACGCGGAUCUAUGCGCCCCGUCAUCCGCGAGCCCCGGAUCUGAGAAGCUCGUGGACCCGGGCUGGUGCAAGACCCCCAGUGGGCACAUCAAGCGGCCCAUGAACGCGUUCAUGGUGUGGUCGCAGAUCGAGCGGCGCAAGAUCAUGGAGCAGUCCCCCGACAUGCACAACGCCGAGAUCUCCAAGCGGCUCGGGAAGCGCUGGAAGCUGCUCAAGGACACCGACAAGAUCCCGUUCAUCCGCGAGGCAGAGCGCCUGCGCCUCAAGCACAUGGCCGACUACCCGGACUACAAGUACCGGCCGCGGAAAAAGCCCAAGUCGAGCGGAGGAUCCAAGACCGGCGAGAAGGCGACUGGAGGCACCGGAUCCCACGGCGCCAUUUUGAAGGCGCAUUCCAAAAAGAGCGGAAGUUCCAAACCAGGCAGCGGCAACGGCGGCCACAGUAAGGCGCACAAGACGGCUCACAAAGCCGUGUCGCAUGAACCGGCCGCCGGGACAGACCACCACGCGCUCUACAAGUCCAACAAGUCAGACAAGAAACCGAAAAGAGUUUACGUGUUCGGGAGCGGUGGGGGAGGAGGAAGCGUCCCCGCGAGCCCGACACUGAGCAGCUCGACCGAGUUCGGAGACGCACAGAGUCUUUACGAGGACUCGCACCGCGCCUUCCGCGCGCCUUCGCCUGCUCCCUCCGCCUCGCGCUUAUCCCAGUCUCCAUCAUCAUCUUCAUCUUCUUCAGCAUCAUCUUCGUCGGACGAGGAGUUUGAGGAAGAGGCGGAGGCGAGGCGCCGCGCGAGCCCUGGAUUCGACAGCACGUCUCUGGGCAGCUUCGGCUCCUCUUACUCCACCUCUUCCGCGUCCUCGUGCUCACCGGCGCUCGACCGCGACUGGGACUCCAGCUUCGAGUCAUGCGCGGGGUCUCACUUCGACUUCCCCGAUUACUGCACGCCCGAGGUGACUGAGAUGAUCUCGCGGGACUGGCUCGAGUCGACUAUUUCCAACCUCGUGUUCACGUACUGAUUUGAGCGGAGCACGCGCGUGGCUGAAACAAAUAUUAAUAAAAAUAAGGGGAGAACCGUUUCACAUGAAGUUGCAUUGAAGCUGACCAGUUGCGACUAGUUGGGUCUUGGAAAAAAAAUGCGCAAAAAAGUGUACAAUUGCGUUUUAUUUAAAAAGAGAAAUCAAGAAGGGACUGGAGGCACGUGCGCUGGUGCUUUGAGCUGCAUCGUGUUGCAUUUUGCAGAGAUGCACCGAGUCGCGUUGCGUUGCGUUGCGUUAGGGCUACACUGCAAACAUCAAUAAGUUCUGUGCAUUCAUGAGAACAUUUGAAACAAAAAAAGGGAGAAAUGAGACGCGGAGUUUGCAGAUUGUCGAGAAACAAGAAGGGAUUUUGCUUUUUUGACUUGCUUAUAGGACUGAAAGGACCUGAGAGUGUUUGCAUGGCGAGGAGAGGAACAAGAAGGAGAAACGUCCCAUGUUCAUGCGCACGGAGGAAAACAACAAGAAGAGUGUAUUGCAAAAAAUAAUAAUAAUAAUUAAAAGUCGAAACUGGAAAACUGUGAUUUGAUUUGCACGAGAUGAUGUUUUGAGUCAUGAGAGAAAAAAACACACACAAGGGGACAACAUUGUGAGGACCACGUGACGUUUUAACGCUUAAGAGGUACAAAAAUAGGCUGUGUUUUUGGGGGUAUGAACGAGGUUUUAAACUAAGACUGUAAGACAACCCUUUAUUUGGAAAAAAAGAAAGAAAGUGAAGCAUGUUAUCUGUCCUCUGAUGUAUCACGAGUUUUUGUGCGACUCUGGACAGUUCACUAGCAGUAGGUUUGUUACAAAUGGCUAGAUGGCGCCAUGUUUGACUUCAAAAAUAAUCACCAGCUGUUUUUCAUUCUGAACUUCAGGAUUUUCAAACUCAGAUUUGUUCUGAACUUUUUUU